CGGCUGCUCCCCGGCUCCCGGGCAGGUGGGGUCCCCCAGCCGGGCAAGUUUCCACAGGGCACCGCCACGGAGUUGUGUGCGGGGAGGGGGCGGCCCCGCCGUGUCCGUCCGUCUGUCCGUCCGUCCGUCCGCCGCUUUGUUCGCGGAGGAUGCGGCGCGCCUAGCCCCGACCGAGGCGGUGGGGCCGCAGCGGGGGCAGGGGCAGCCCUCCGCCGGAAAACUCCGCGCCGCCCUCCUUCCUCCUCCUCCUCCUCCUCUUCCUCCUCCUCCUCCUGCUGCCGGCCGGAGCCCCGGCGCGGAGCGAUGCUCUCGGGCGGCGAUGGAGCGCGGCGCUAGCGCGGAGCCGCCCAGCACAGCGGCCCCUCGGGCAGCUGCCCGCGGCCCCUGAGCGCAGCAGGAGGAGGAGGAGGAGGAAGAGGAAGGGGAGAGAGAGAGCAGAGCGCGGCCAUGGAGGAGUGGCGGCAGUGCGGCCGCUGGCUGAUCGACUGCAAAGUUUUGCCCCCGAACCACCGGGUGGUCUGGCCCUCGGCCGUGGUCUUCGACCUGGCGCAGGCGCUGCGGGACGGGGUGCUGCUGUGCCAGCUGCUGCACAACCUCUCCCCCGGCUCCAUCGACCUCAAGGACAUCAACUUCAGGCCGCAGAUGUCCCAGUUUCUGUGUCUGAAGAACAUCAGGACCUUCCUGAAAGUGUGCCACGACAAAUUUGGGUUAAGGAACAGCGACCUCUUUGACCCCUUUGACCUCUUUGAUGUGCGGGAUUUUGGCAAGGUGAUCUCUGCAGUAUCCAGGCUCUCCUUCCACAGUAUUGCUCAAACCAAAGGAAUUAGGCCCUUCCCUUCGGAGGAGACCACGGAGAACGAGGAUGACGUGUACCGGAGCCUGGAGGAGCUGGCAGACGAGCACGACCUGGGGGAGGACAUCUACGACUGCGUGCCCUGCGAGGAUGAGGGCGACGACAUCUACGAGGACAUCAUCAGGGUGGAGGUGCAGCAGCCCAUGAAAAUGGGAAUGACAGAAGAUGACAAAAGGAAUUGCUGUUUGCUGGAAAUCCAAGAAACUGAGGCCAAAUACUACAAAACACUUGAGGACAUAGAGAAGAACUAUAUGAACCCCCUGAGGCUGGUACUGACUCCCCAAGACAUGGAAGCUAUUUUUAUCAAUUUGGAGGACCUAAUUAAAGUGCACUUCAGUUUCCUGAGAGCCAUUGAUGUCUCGAUGAUGUCUGGAGGAAGCAGCCUGGCAAAAGUGUUCCUGGAAUUCAAGGAGAGGCUGCUGAUUUAUGGCAGGUACUGCAGCCACAUGGAGUAUGCCCAGAACACCCUGAACCAGCUCCUGGCCAGCCGGGAGGACGUGCGGCAGAAGGUGGAGGAAUGCACACUAAAGGUCCAGGAUGGGAAAUUCAAAUUGCAAGAUCUGCUGGUGGUUCCAAUGCAGAGAGUUUUGAAGUAUCAUCUCCUGUUAAAAGAGCUGCUCAGCCAUUCCUCAGAGCGGCCAGAGAAGCAGCAGCUGAAGGAGGCUCUGGAGGCAAUGCAGGACUUGGCCAUGUACAUCAAUGAGGUCAAGAGGGACAAAGAGACUUUGAAGAAAAUAAGUGAAUUUCAGAGCUCUAUAGAAAACCUGCAGGUGAAGCUGGAGGAGUUCGGGCGGCCCAAGAUCGACGGGGAGCUCAAGGUGCGCUCCAUAGUGAACCACACCAAGCAGGACAGGUAUUUAUUUUUAUUUGAUAAAGUGGUGAUAGUCUGCAAGAGGAAAGGAUACAAUUAUGAGCUGAAGGAGAUUAUUGAGCUGCUCUUCCACAAGAUGACUGAUGACCCCAUGAAUAACAAGGACAUUAAGAAGUGGUCCUACGGCUUCUACCUGAUCCACCUGCAGGGCAAGCAGGGCUUCCAGUUCUUCUGCAAGACAGAGGAGAUGAAGAGGAAGUGGAUGGAGCAGUUUGAAAUGGCCAUGUCCAACAUAAAGCCAGAGAAAGCCAAUGCAAAUCACCACAACUUCCAGAUGUACACAUUUGAGAAGACAACCAACUGCAAAGCCUGCAGGAUGUUCCUGAGAGGAACCUUCUACCAGGGCUAUCUUUGUCCCAAGUGUGGAGCAGGUGCUCACAAGGAGUGCUUGGAGAUUAUUCCUCCCUGCAAGAUGGGUUCUUCAGCAGAGCAGGAUUCCCUGGGUGCAGGACCUGGUCCUAAGAUGGUGGCAGUGCAGAAUUACCAUGGAACCCCAGCCCCUCCUGGGAAGCCAGUGCUGACCUUUCAGCUUGGGGAUGUGAUCGAGCUGCUCAGGGGGGACCCCGACUCUCCCUGGUGGGAGGGGAGGCUGCUGCAGACGAAGAAGUCGGGUUAUUUCCCCAGCUCCUCAGUGAAACCCUGCCCUGUGGAUGCCAGGCCCCCCAACAGCCGGCCACCCUCGCGGGAGAUCGACUACACGGCGUACCCGUGGUUUGCAGGGAACAUGGAGAGGCAUCAGACAGACAACCUGCUCAAGUCCCACGUGAGUGGCACGUACCUGAUCCGGGAGCGGCCGGCCGAGGCCGAGCGCUUCGCCAUCAGCAUCAAGUUCAACGAGGAGGUGAAGCACAUCAAGGUGGUGGAGAAGGACAACUGGAUUCACAUCACGGAAGCCAAGAAGUUCGAAAGUUUGCUGGAGCUGGUUGAGUACUACCAGAGCCACUCUCUGAAGGAGAGCUUCAAGCAGCUGGACACAACCCUGAAAUACCCCUACAAAUCCCGGGAGCGCUCUACCUCCAGGAGCUUCACCCGCUCCCCAGCCUCCUGCGCUUCCUACAACUUUUCUUUUCUCAGUCCUCAGGGCCUCAACUUUUCUUCUCAGAGCUCCUCCAGUCCCUUCUGGUCAGUGUUCACCCCCCGGGUGGUGGGCACGGCCGUGGCUCGGUACAACUUCGCGGCGCGGGACAUGCGGGAGCUGUCGCUGCGGGAGGGGGACGUGGUGAAGAUCUACAGCAGGAUUGGAGGGGACCAGGGAUGGUGGAAAGGGGAAACCAACGGAAGGGUGGGCUGGUUCCCCUCGACCUACGUGGAGGAGGAGGGGGUGCAGUGAGGGCGGCCGUGGCCGCUGGAAGUCGUCGAGCGCCCGGAGCCGGCAGCUGCAGCCCGAGCACACUGUCCCCGUGCUGGACACCUCCCAGGACUGCCCCUCACCACCCCCCCUGCCUCCAGGCUGCCCCUGCUCCGUGUACAGAAGAUUGAAGGGCUGUGGGAUGGAUGGCGUUGGUGCAGCCCCGCAUGGACAGAGCUCAGAGACUCUGGGGUGCCCCGCAGGCUGUGGGUGCUGCACCCCUCCUCUGUCUCAAGGGGCUUUAAAAGCCACCCUGGGGAUGGUGGUGCGAGGGUGAGGCUGAAGGUUUUGUGCCUGGUGAGAGUCUGGGGGUUUCCAGGGGAGGGAGCCCCAGAGAGGCAGUGCAGACCCCCUGCCACAGCACCCAGGUGGUCCCCAGGCCAGGAUUUUGGCAGUGCCCUGGCAGCCAUGGGCGAGGAGCAGGCUGGGGACACCUGGCCUGGGAGGAGGAGAGGGCUUGUGACUGUUUUGAGCCUCAGAUGUAGCUGGAAGUGGACCUUCAGGAGGGGAAAGAGCCUUUUUGGCACCCCCAGACCCAUUUUCUUUCCGUCACCUCAGUCCCACCAGCCUUGCUGCAGGCAGGGGGGUGCCCAGGGAGCAGACUGGUCCCAGUGGUGAGCAGGAGGUCUCUGUGCACUGCAGGGCUGGAGAUGUGCUCCACACAAGGGUGUCAGAGGCCACCAAAGCAGAGGAUGUGUCCCUCCCCUUGCUGGCAGCAGGACCCACCCCAGGCCAGGCUGAUUUUUCCUUGCAGCUGUGACAAAUCCCACCUCAUGAGCUCAGGGCAAACCCACCUGAAUGAGGGCUAUGGGAUGAAGUCCUGAGCGCUGUCCCUGAGCUGUGAAAGCACCUCCUCUGCCCAGCUGUGUGCACUUUUGGGGGCUGCCCCCCACUCUUCCUCCCACAGGCUGUUCCUGCUGCUGCCCAGUGAAGGUCCUUGUGUUGUGACAUUCCCACUGUGUCCUGAGCACCCUCUGUCCCAGUCUGCCCUUCCCAAAGUGCAAACACAAACAAAAUACACGUGUGGCAGCGUGACAGGGAACAACUUCCCUCUAUCUGAGCCCCAGGAGCUGCUUCUCUCAAUAUGUGGCAUUUUCAGCUGGUGCUUCCAUGCCCUGAUGUUUUUUUCCUCUGGGAUUUGUGGUGGUCCUGCUGUGCAGCAUCGUGUUCCUGCUGUGGGAUCCUGGGAAAGGCCAGUGCUGGGUGGGUGAGCAGUGCUGAUGCCCCCAGUCCCUGGCAUGGGGGUCUGCAAACAGGGAUAAGGAAUGGAAGAGUUUGGAUCUCUCAAGGACAAGGGGAUGCUGUAAUUUGGGAAUUACAUGCUGCUGCUCAGUGACAAGCCCAGAGCCACCCUGCCUUGCUCCCUGCUCCUCUGGAGCUCUGGGGGUGCCCCACUGGUGCAGCAGGAGCUGGCUGGGGCAGGCAGGAGGUGACAGGGACACGGGGGGGCUCAGGGCGUUCCCAAGGUACUGUUUGGUGCUAACCCCUCCCAUGCUCAGUUUGAGGGGAGCAGCCAGCAGGGAGAUGAGGAUUCCCUGCUCCUGUGCAGAGCAGAGGGUGCCAUUCCCAUUCCAGAGGCCGUGCUGGAGCUGAGGGGGAAUUUGGGUGGGUGGGACACACAAACCCCUGGUGGCUCCUGCUCUGCCUCACAUCCUAAAGCCUUACAGCCCCUCCUGUUCAACGUGGCCAAUCUGGAAAGGUGGCAAGGGAGGGCACAGCCCUGCCACAGGGACCAGGGCACCUCUGUCCCUUACACCCCAAAGGGACCCCCACCCUCUGCCUGCCCUGCCAAACCCCCUCCCCAGAGAGCUCUCCCUCUUGUGUUUACUGGUGUAAGAAACUUGUUAAAAAAAAAAAAAAAAAAAAAAAAAGAGAGAUUGUUCUGUUUGUAAGUAAUUAUUCAGCCAUUUGCCACAAAUAUAUCUGUGAAUAAGAAAGGGAAAUGUUUUUUUAUGAUGGUGAGAAAAUUGUAUGUAUUAUUUUAGUUCGUCCAGGUCAUUUGGAAUCGCAAUGGGAUACGUUGGAAAAUAAUAUGUAAAUUCCUUGGGUUUUUCCUUUGCACUGCACUAACUGGGGUAGGGUGGAGGGGGUUUAAAGAUCAAACUGUUUGUUUAAUGGAAUAGUUUAUAGCUGGGAAUUUGGAAAUCAUUUGGAGUAGCUUGUAAUGCUGGAAUAGAAACUUUAGCUGCUACUUAGAAACUCUUUUGCAUGUGGUUUUUCCAGGCCUUUUUAAGUUACAAUCCAUCAAAGUAAAUUCCCCAACGGAAAAAAACCCAACAAAAUAAAGUGUAAUUUUGCUGA